AUGUACAACACCGGGCGGGAGUAUGGGCCACGACUGAACGCGGGCAACGUGAAUGUUGGAGUGAACCCGAAUAUGAACCUGGAUUCUUUGCGGUAUUCGACUCCUCCUCCUAAUCUCGGCGGAACCACGCCUGCUCCUCCUUAUGGACAAGGUGCUCCUCAUCACCUGCUAGGAACUGGAGGAGUUGGAGGCCUGGGGAAUGUGAAUAUAGGAAACAACUUCUCGCAGCAACAACAGCAACAGGCCUUGAUGAACAUGGGCGCACAACAGCUGGCAUUGCAGAUGCAACAGACCAUGGGAACCGUCAAUGCGGGGAACAUGGGUAUGGGUGUCGGUGUCAGUGUCGGUGUCGGCGUCGGGGUUGGAGUGGGAAACAUUGGCCCCGGUGGAAUGCAGGUCCAGGGGCAAAUGGGGAUGAGUCAACAGCAAAUGGGUCACGAAGAGGCGAAGAUAUAUCAACUCGUCAUGGAUCUUAUGGAUCCAGCGAGGAGAGAAGGUGCUUUACUCGAGCUGAGCAAAAAACGAGAGCAAUUCGAUGAUCUGGCACUGGUACUUUGGCAUUCCUUCGGCGUCAUGGCUGCUCUUUUGCAGGAAAUCGUAUCCGUUUACCCUUUACUAUCUCCUCCCGCUCUCACAGCCCACGCGUCUAACCGAGUCUGUAACGCCCUUGCUCUGAUGCAAUGCGUUGCCAGUCAUCAAGAAACUCGCCAACUUUUCCUAAAUGCACAUAUUCCACUUUUCUUGUACCCAUUCCUUAAUACGACAUCCAAAACUCGCCCUUUCGAGUACUUGCGCCUGACUUCUCUCGGCGUGGUCGGUGCCCUAGUGAAACAAAACGACAAUGCCCAGGUUAUUCAUUUCUUGCUUUCGACGGAAAUUAUCCCGCUCUGUCUGAGGAUCAUGGAAACUGGGUCCGAGCUUUCUAAAACGGUCGCAAUUUUUAUCGUUCAGAAGAUUUUGCUUGACGAUACCGGAUUGAACUAUAUUUGUCAUACCUACGAGCGAUUCUACGCUGUUGGGACCGUGCUGAGUAACAUGGUUGCCCAGCUUGUUGAAAAUCAAGUUGUGCGCCUGUUGAAGCAUGUUGUUCGGUGCUAUCUUCGAUUGAGCGAUAAUAUGCGCGCACGUGAGGCUCUGCGAGCUUGCCUUCCCGAGCCCCUCCGCGACAACACCUUCGCCAACCUCUUGAAGGGCGAUACGGUGACCAAACGCUGCCUUGCUUCCUUGCUUGCGUGCCUCUCAGAUAGACCCGACCAGCGACCCGAAUAA